CCUCGGCGGAUCGCGCCGCCAUUGGCCGCGCCGGGACGCCGGCUGCGCCCUCAUUGGCUGCCGGCGUCGGCCGUUGGGCUGCCGGGCCGGCCGGCAGUGCCGCCAGCGCGGGAGGCGGGGGAGGCGGAGGGCCGCGGCCGCAGGAGGCAAGCAAAUGGAUCUCCUGCCGAAUUCCGCACCCCUGGCCACGAAACUGCAAAACACCCUGAUUCGGUACCACGGCAUCGGAGAGAGCGAGUGGCGAGUGGCGAAGAGAACGAAAGAUGCAACUGUGUGGCGUAAACCGUCAGAGGAAUUCAAUGGAUACCUCUACAAAGCUCAAGGAGUGGUGGAAGAUGUUACUAACAGAAUAGUGGAUCAUAUUCGCCCUGGACCUUACAGGCUAGACUGGGACAGCUUAAUGACUACAAUGGACAUCAUGGAAACGUUUGAAGAGAACUGCUGUGUGAUGCGCUACACCACUGCUGGCCAGCUCUGGAACAUCAUAGCACCAAGGGAGUUUGUUGAUUUCUCUUACACUACAAGCUAUGAAGAUGGGCUUCUAACAUGUGGUAUAAGCCUAGACUAUGGAGAGGUGAGACCUAACUUUGUCCGUGGAUUCAAUCACCCUUGCGGUUGGUUCUGCGUCCCUCUUAAGGACUAUCCUAGCCACAGUCUUUUGACAGGCUAUAUUCAGACCGAACUGCGAGGGAUGCUACCACAAUCUGCAGUAGACACUGCCAUGUCUAGUACCCUGGCCAAUUUCUACUCAGACCUCAAAAAGGCACUGAAAACAUAGACAAACAGUGACUUGAAAGCCCAUGCGUUUCUUGCAAUCAAAUUAUAUUGUUUAGCGUAGCAUAGGUUAGCUGCUGAGUUAAGAGGUGAGUAACAUUGUUCCUGAAUGAUACCUGAACCUUUAAGUUGAGGGAUCCAAACUUUACCAAGUGCUUUUUGAUGUGAUACUUAGCAUACAUUCCUAAUUUCACAGUGAGAGAUUCUGUUUCCUGCUCAGUACUCUGCAGCUGUGUGAGGAGUAGUCUGAAUCUAUAAACCCCUGACUUCCUAGGUAGAAGACGCAAGAUGUGUCUGUGGGCUUGAAGAAUGCAGCAUGAACUCAGCUCUCACCAACAGUAUUGAGAGUGGAGUGCUCAGGAUUUUGCUGGUGCAGGUCGCUGUACAGGCAGCAUCUCAUUGAAAAUGUAAUUUGAUAUAUAUAUAUUUUUAUAUUUACUUCAAUUUUUUGAUUUAUUUAGUUUGUACAGGUGCAUCUGUAAUUUGUUUUUAAAAAAUUCCUUUGAUUUAUCAUAGGGAUAUUACAUAGCUAAGUUGUUAAAUGAUACUAUUCAUAAGAAAGCUAUUCACUCUUGUUAGCAAAAAUAAGUAUUCAUUAUUGGCAUUUCUUCAAUGUUCUUACUGUAACUUAACUGUUGUAUAUAACAGUCUCACUGCAUAGAUAAAGAAAUGCCCUUACAGCUGAUCCAAAGCUCAUUUAAGUUGUCAGGUGUCUUUCCGUAGUUUUUAGUGGGCUUUUAAUCAUACAGUUGUCAAAAUAGCAAACCUCCAGUGGACCUUCUGUGAUACUCUGCACUUCUAAAGAAUUUUUACUUAAAUUUGCAUGUAAUUGGGGGGGGGGGGUUGGUUGUCUUCCUUAACUUAAAAUCCUGGAAUUACUAAAGCAACAGAAAGGACCACUAAUUUGCUUCAGAUGUAGGCACUGGUGUAGCCAUAACCGCACAGACUGCCAGCAUGCUGGUACAGCGCACUGCAGUGUUCAGUGGUAAUACCCCUAGACUGAUCUUUGCAAUAAAUGGAGUUAGCAUCUUAAAACAUGAGCAACUGAAGGCCAAAGCUCAAGCUGCAGAAUUGCUUGGAUCUGCUGGAGGAUGGAGGGUCAAAUUUUUAAGGAUAUUUAGCCACCUAACGAUGCUGACAGGUGCAUAGCAGGGGCUUUCAAAAGAUUACUGUCUGUGCUGCUAGGAUCCUGAAUUCACUUUAAAACCUGACAUUAAGCUUUUAAUGUUGGUAUGUGUGAUUUGCUCAGGUGGGGUUGUAAUAUCCCUAUGCUUUACCAGUGGUAGUAGAGGCAAGUUUAGCUGUGUAGUAGUUAGGGAAAGUACCUUGGAGCCCUAAUAUUUUGGGGCCAGUUGUAUACAUACAAUCCAAGGACUGGUAAUGAACUCUCAGAAAAAAAAAAAUUCAGAUGAAAGUUGUUCCACUGCAAUAUUGGCUCUUUUGACUCUAGCCACUGUAGCUGAACUCUGAACAGUGAGGGCUUUUCUUUCUCAUUGCUCAAGCAGAGGCAGAAAAAACAUGACACCAAAUACAGUGAGGGCUCUUCUAACGUGCUUCAUGUAUUAAGGCAUUUAGUACUGUUAAAGACAGUUAAAAACAGUGGCAUCAAACAGCCUUUGGUGUCUUCAUAGGCAGAAAAUGUCAACUCCAUGUUGGGUUUUGUGUAUUCUGCAGUUCCUUUUAAACUCCUUGGUUACUCUUCCCAUCUCUUCUAUCUUCCUUGUUUGCCCUGCAGUACUGGAAGUUCACAAGGUGAUCCUUCACCACCAAGGACACUUAAGGAAUCGGUGUCAGCAGACGCGCUUGUUCCUAAAUGCUAGGGUUCACUCGUUUCUAGUACUGGUACAGAGGCAAGUGUGAAAGCCCUAGCAAUCCUGCUCUGUGGGAUGAAUGCUGACAUGAUUAUAGAGGAAGCUGUGUGAAGUGUACCAUAUUUAUUCUUCCCAGUUAUAAAGACUACAUGUAUAGUGAAUCUGCAUAUUCAUGUCUUCUUUUUUUAAAACUGCUGGGACUGACUAAUUGAGGGGUUGUGAUACAGAUGUAUAUAGAGACAAAUAUUCCAUUGCUCUGUAAAAAGCCCCAUUUAAAUCUACACAGAGGCACUUCAGUGCUCGAGAAAUCAGUCAAAAGGAGCACAAGACAUGGGGUGAUGUUUGUACAACACUAGGUGCUGCAGAAAGAUUAAGAGGUCCCUGUUCCAAACACCCAUUAUAAGAGCUGUAACACCUCUAGAGUAUCUAUCCUUAUUCAGUGUUCAGUGAAAUGUUUUUUUAUGGUUUCAGUGAAGAUAGGCUGGUGAAGCACAGAGCAGCUGAAGAAAGAAGAACUUGUGUUUAAAUGGAAGAAAAUUGCUAGCGUAUUUUAAGUAUGAUGAUGUUUUUAAUAAAAAUUUCUCCGUGCAGGUUUCCUUUUUAUCAACAGGGUUGUUUUCAGUAACAGGCCUAGAAAUGGAAAGAUUUUGUGAAUGAGAGUAAAGUUUCUGAAAGCAAAGUAGGCCUUCUAUUUUGCAUUAUAGUAAUUAAUUCCUUAAACACUGAUUAAACUGGCUUUGUGUGUUUUAACAUAGUCUAUUGCUUCUGCCAAUGAUUCUGAACACUCAGGUGAAUAACAGAGUAGAGACUACUGGAGACAGAGAACAGAGACAGAUUUUUUUGUUGUUUUUUUAAUCAAUAGAAGAGCAUAGUACAAUUCUCCAGUUUUCAGAUGAGCAAAAAUCGUGGAAGGUGCUAACAGAUUUUAAGGAUUUAUUUUGGGGAAUCUCACACUUCUAAAAUUUUUUCUGAUUUAGGAGUGCAGUGAUUGACAAUGUAUGCUGAUUAUGCUGCUGAAGCAAUGCAUAGCUGAUAUCCCUACAGUCAUUAUUCCAAGCAGUUCAGCUACAGAGUGAUACAGAACUGGAAGAAAGGUGUCCAGUUUCAUAGUGUGUUGUAUUUAUUUGAAACCAAAACUUACUUUCUUUUUAUAUAGCUAAGGAUUGAGAGGAGUGUUAGGUCUUGAAGCAGAGCUGUUCUUUAAUGAGAGUACAUUCAGAACCAAGAAAGCCACAAAAUCAAGCACUUACCUGAUCAGAACCUCUUUUCCCACCAUGGCAUUGUUUUCCUCCUAAGUUAUUGGACAAUCUAGAUGGAGCCAAGACAGUAAAAACAGGAAAGCAGUUGAAGUGACAAAGUGCAGGAGCCCAUGUUUUGCUUAUUAGGAGGCAGCAGGAGACAAAGUAAAUUACCUAGUAUAGAUUUCUGUCAUCUUCACAGCAGCAGAAUUUCUGCAAGUUUGUGAGGUUUGCCAGUACUUGAGAGUGUUUCAGUUAAAUUGGAAUAUAGUUAUCUGAAAACAACUUCUGAACGAGGUGCCCAAGAGUAGCAGUGACCAGUUUUUGCUAGGGGAAUGGCAUGUAUAUAGGCACAUCAAAAUUAUUUUUAUAUGACCAGUAUUUUUAAAAAAAACUUAGUUUUUCAGGGGUUUAGGCAAUAUGACAGUCUAAUCUUUGGCACUUAACUGGGUGCUCUGUGUGUGGAUGGGAAAGGUGGCUAAAGAUAAGACCAUUUUCAUGAUUGGCUUCUGUUCCUCAUUUAAAACCUCCAGCAUUAAACCUUGCCUGUAUUGUGCUUUUUAUUUUAAAUAUGCAGAAGGUAGAGACUGGGCUAAGUUCAACUUGGGAGCAAUUCAGGGUACUCUACUACAGCCUGCUCGGAGGUGGACCAGUACUUCAGAUAAAUGCUCUGGGAAUGGUACAAGCCCUGAUCUCAAAUUUGAUGAAUUUAUAAACAUGAAACAUGAUGAAUUUAUAAAACAUGAAAACAGCAUAUAAUUCCUCCAGUAAUCAUAAAUAACCAGAACUGUUUUGAUGGUGUGAGCUGGUGAUUCAACGUAGGAAGUUCACUGCUGUAAAAGGCAUAAUUCUAGUGAAACCAGUCAAGUUGUGCCUACAUUCAGAAAGUCAAAGUCAGUCUAUCUUAACAGUGUUUUCAGCUGACUGUGUUCAGCACUUAAGAGAUUGUAUUUCUAUUUUGAAUGCAAUUGCAGAAUAAAUUAAAACAUGGAUUCCAACAGA